ACCGGAAAAAAAGGUAACACACUAACAACAAUCCCCAUACCAAAUCCAUAAACAUGGCAAAGAAAAUUGAGAAAAACCAAAUCAUAUCACACAAAGAUUUGUUUAUCCAAAUUACAGUGGGAACAAAAUUAAUGUUGCACCAAAUGAAAGAAAAAGGAAACUUACACACACGGCCAAUAUCCCAUCCUCAUUCAUUACCUUCUCGUUUUAGCCUUAAUGACAACAUUAACAAACCCCCAUAAUAAGCCCCUUUUUUUCAAUUUCAUUUUUUUACCAAAACUCGUUUUGGAGCUUAUCAUCUUCCAUUCUCACUGUCCAUUUCUGUCGUCACCAUCACCAAUAUAAAACCCUGAGGGCCGCCAUGGAAGUGAGAUAGAAACAGCUUAUCCCAUCCCCUCCAAAAUCCAAAAAGCUUUCACCUUUUCUUUUCAUAUUUCAUUUUUGCAUAUCGGGUUUGGUUUGGAUUAUUCAUCGGUAGUUCAGUACUAUUACCCUACCUCUCCUUUCUUCUUCCUCCUUCCUCUUUCCUUCCAUGGAUGCUCUGUUUUUAUAAAGAAAAGAAAUAGUUUUUGGGUUGCGGUGAUUUCCCCUGCUUUUGGGUAGGCUGGCUUUUGCUUGCCCAUUAUUUAAUUGCUUGAAAGUUUGAAGCUUUUUUUUGUUUUGUUUUAUUUUGCCACCAUUAACAGCAACAGCUACAGCACUAAUAUUUCUUCUCCCCCACCUCCACCAUCCCUACUACAAAGGUUCUUCCUCCCCAAAAAUUUCUCUUUCCUUUCUCUCUCUUUCCCCCUUUCCCCAAAAUCCCACCACCGCCAUCGCCACCACCACUCUUCAUAUCAACACUACUCAAAAACCCCUUUCAUUUCUAUCCAUCUCUCUUUCUUUCUUCUUCUCUUCCAUUUCCACACCCAUCACAAUCAUCGCUUUCAGCCAAUAAACGGAGAGGAGAUAGAAAGAACAGAGCAGAUAAAGUUUCAUCGGAGUAUUUAAUUAAUAAUUAGUACUGGGUUUGUUUUUGUAUUUGUCUUUUUCUUUUUCGCCUGUUUCCUCUCUUCUUCCUUCAAUUUCGUAUCCAUCCCCCCUUUCUGUGUUGACGGCUGAAGAAAAAACUGAGUUACCAAGAGGAAGAAUAGUCGUGGACCAGCCUACCUCUUCUCUCUCUCUCGGGUAUGAUCCCUUUUUGGUCUAUCCAUCCCUCUGCUUCUUCUUUGUUUCUCUUAAUAAUUUUACUUCUUCUUUUAGUAAAUUAUUAUGCUGUUGUUCUCUGUUUUGGUUACUUUGACUUUGAUUUGGUUGGAUUAGUUUGUUGAUUUCUGAGGGUGAUUUCAAUUGGGUUCUGUAGAUCCAUCCAUCUUCUUACUUUGUUCUGGAAUUCGGCCUUCUUGCUGUCGUGCAUAUCGAGAUUUCAAUCAAUUUGACAUGAAACCUCUGUUUUUUCUUUUCUUUCCGUAAAACCUCUGUUCACUUCCGAUCUGUGGCUCCAUCUUUCUAUUGGUUCCUUUUACCGAUCUGUCAAUAAUCAGGUCAAUAAUUGAUGUGUUGGUGAUGAUGGGUUUCUGGUCAAUUUCAGUUUCUGUGAAGAAGUGAAGAAUCAAUCAAUUGAUUGAGAAGAAGAAGAAGACGAAGAUGAUGAUGUUUGAAGACUUGGGAUUCUGCAGCGACAUCGAUUUCUUCUCCUCCGCGCCUCACAUGGGCGGCGGCGCCGCCUCCUCCACCGCGGAAGAUCUGGUCGCCCCACAAGCCGACCCAGAUCCGAACGCGGACGAAGACCUGAGCGACGACGAGAUCGACGUGGACGAGCUGGAGCGCCGCAUGUGGAGGGACAAGAUGCGCCUGAAAAAGCUGCGGGAACAGAGCAAGACUAAGGAAGGAAUCGACGUGGCCAAGCAGAGGCAGUCUCAGGAGCAAGCUCGCCGGAAAAAAAUGUCCCGAGCUCAAGACGGGAUCCUCAAGUACAUGCUGAAGAUGAUGGAGGUCUGCAAAGCUCAGGGGUUCGUCUACGGAAUCAUCCCGGAAAAGGGCAAGCCGGUCACCGGCGCAUCGGACAAUUUGAGGGAAUGGUGGAAAGAUAAGGUCCGAUUCGACCGAAAUGGGCCGGCGGCUAUUGCGAAAUACCAGGCCGACAACUCCAUCACCGGAAGGAACGACGGGCCGGAUUCCAUGGGCCCAACUCCCCACACUCUGCAGGAGCUGCAGGACACCACCCUGGGCUCUCUGCUCUCCGCCCUUAUGCAGCACUGCGAUCCACCUCAGCGGCGGUUCCCGCUGGAGAAGGGCGUCCCGCCGCCGUGGUGGCCGAACGGAAGUGAGGAAUGGUGGCCGCAAUUGGGGCUUCCCAAGGAGCAAGGCUCGUCGUCGUCUCCGCCGUACAAGAAGCCUCACGAUUUGAAGAAGGCGUGGAAGGUCGGUGUUCUCACGGCCGUGAUCAAGCACAUGUUCCCCGACAUCAACAAGAUCAGGAAGCUCGUCCGACAGUCCAAGUGCCUGCAGGACAAGAUGACGGCGAAGGAGAGCGCGACGUGGCUGGCCAUCAUCAACCAGGAGGAGAAGCUGGCUCGGGAGCUCUACCCGAACUUCUGCCCGCCGUUGGAGGGUGGGAGUGGCGGCUCCCUGGUGAUCAAUGACUGCAAUGAGUAUGAUGUGGAAGGCGGGGACGAUGAGUCGAGCUUCGAAGUUCGCGAGAUCAAGCCUCCGGCGAUGGCUGGCUUUGGAAUUGGCGGUUUCUCGGGGAUCAAGGGCGAGGUUGUGACCAGCAGCAAUGUCUUGAAGAGGAAGCAACCUGGAAUUGGUGAGAUGGGUAACAUGAUGAUGGAUCAGAAGCUGUACACUUGCGAGUUCGUGCAGUGUCCUUACAGCCAGGUGAGGCUGGGAUUCUGUGAUCGGAUCUCAAGGGACAACCAUCAGCUGGCUUGCCCUUACAAGCUCGGUUACACCAGCUCGAACUUCCAUGUCGACGAGGUCAAACCGGUGAUCUUCCCUCAGCAGCAGCCGCGGCCCAAACCGAUCAUGUCUCCUGCUGUGACCUCGGUGUCUACUGCAACAGCCCCAAUCGACCUGACCGGGGUUCCUGAAGAUGGGCACAAGCUGAUCAGCGACCUCAUGUCGAACUACGACACCAGCGACUGCAGCAGAACCACCACCACAACUAGCUCGGCGAACAGCGUCGUGACCAUCAGCAGUCUGUUCCAGCACCAGCAGCAGCAGCAGAAAAUCCAUCAUCAGCCAGCUGAGAAUUACUUCCACCAGAACAUGUUCGUCGAAUCGAACUUCCAAAACAACAGCAUCAGCAGCAACAGCAACAACAACCAUCAGCAAUCCAUCUUCACACCAAACAACAGCAUCAGCAACAAUAACAACAACAACCAUCAGCAAUCCAUCUUCACACCGGAGACCAGCAGUCAGUUCCUCGACCGGUUCAAGCCAGUCAGCUCUCCAUUCGACACCAACCUUGCCAGCUUCGAACAAGUCCAAUCCACCAACAUGGGCAUCAGCAGCAACAACCACAACAUCAACAACAAUAACAACAACAACAACAACAACUUCAACCUGAUGUUUGCUUCGCCAUUCGACAUCGAUCUACAAGGUCUGGGAGUGGACAAUCAUCAGCUGCCUCGGCAGCAGGACGUGUCGUCGAUCUGGUUCCAGUAAAGAAUCAAGCAAGGGAGGAGGAAGGAGAAGUACAUUUUGGUCUUCUGGGUUACAUUUUUACUAUAUAGUUCAGUGUUUUGUGAUGUUCGUCGGUCAGUCAGGUCUUCUUUUGUGUCUUUUUUUUUUUUUACCAUUAGGGCCUAGAAAUUUAGGGGAAAUGGCCACAGCACAGCAGCAACGGGGGUGAAAAGGGCAGAGGCCAGGGUAAAAAAAAAAAAUUAGACGUGGGGGAGGAGAUAAAUAAAAGGUUAAAAAUGUUGGUGAUUCUCCCCCGUUUGAGUUAUUUUUACCCUUGUAGCUUAUGUGUCUCUAAUUAUAUAUUCUAUCAUAUAAUAAUAAGGAUCACAUUUGAACUAAUGAACACAGUAAUUUCCCAGUGUGAAAUAAAUAAGUCUUUUUUUUUACUUAGCAUCUGUAAUUUUUAUGGAUUUUUUUCUUACCGCCUGCUCUGCAACCAACCAUAAUUUGUCCCUUUUUUAUGGGUUUGGUUGUUUCCUGUUUUUUUUUUCCACUCUUUGUUGGGUUGUGAUUAUUUUUGUCUGAAAUUACCAUUUUGUCCAGUAAUGGAAGAAAUUGUCCAUGUUGCCUUAUUCCAAGUGUUGUCUUGUUCCCGCGAUUUGUCAAGAAGAGACUUUGUCGUAACCCUAGCUAAUACCCACAUCCCAUGUGACCCUUUCUUUUCUCGAUCUACAAUAAAUACACUUUGUGGGUAGUUCAUCUACAUCCUUGAUUAGAAUUUCUGCGGAUGAUUGCGUCUCAAGCGAAUCAAGAUUUACUCUUCGAGUCGGAUAAAGUCAUGUCCAUUUGCAGCUGAUUGCUCAGCUGCUACGAAAAAGCUGUAGUUAGGGGGCGACAAGAGAGUUCGACAAACUCACUAGUUCAAAAGUGAGUUAGGAUUGUGACCGAGGACUAUCUUAUCGCUCGAGUAGGGGGGAGGAGGUGGGGGAAGAUGUUGAGCGAACGCGUUUCAUUGUGAGUUGUAUCUCAGAGUUGAGAUUUGAAGGAAGGGUUUGAUUGAUGAGCUAUGAGUUUCCUUGUGCUGCAAUUUCCACUUUCCAGUUUCUUCGGCCACAAAUUACAUCAUAAUUUUGCACGAGUAUAGGAGAUGUGAAGUUGACCAAAUCACACCUUUAUUUCUUCUCUUAACUUCGUUUUCAGUGUUCUGCUCACAACUUACAUUAAUAAUUGGGGAGCCUGAGAAGUGAAGAAAGAGUCAAACUGGGCUGCUAGAGACUAGAGAGAGAGCCCUAGAAUGGAAUCUCUUGUGGUACUUUUUUUCUAGAUCAUCUCUUGUCUCCCUUCAAGUCAUUCUAUUUUGUACACGAGCAAUGAUUAAAAAAAAAAUUAUAGGUAUAAUAUGGCCUUUUACUAUGUCGUUUUAUCAAAUAUGCCUCUCUACUAUUUUUUAUAUCAAACAUGCCCAUGUACUUUGGUAAAAUUACCAAACAUGCCCUUCUGUUAAAAUUUUCAUCCAAAAAUCGUUAAUCACGGCCGAACUUUGGUUUGAGCGAUAGACAUGUCUAAACUAACCCUAAUAAUUUCACUUUAGAAUC